AUGUUUGGCAGGUUGAAGGGUCUCCUCGGUGGCCCGCAGGUGCCAGAGGCUCCGGGGAACCCUGACCCGGCUCCGGCUCCGGCUCCAGCCAAGGAGGAGAAGCCAGCCAAUACGGAGAAUGGAGCCAAGAAUGUGGACAAACCCCAGGAUCUUGUUCAUGCAAUUAAUGUAUUGUUCUGUCGCGAUGUUGUUCGGGCCCUCCUGUGGGCCAGACAAGAGUCGGCCCCUCCCCCACCUGCUCACAUCGUCAUCAACAAGUAUUCAGACCAGAGGCUCAGAUCCAUUGUGGUAUCCAUGAGUGAGAGACUGGCGCUCUACAAGGAGAAAGUGACUGAUCAAUACGCUUCCUCCCCAGAGAUCAGCCCUCCUGUCACACCUUUGCUGCGCAAAGAACACGACGCAAAAGUCAUAGAGGAGAGGAAGAGGCAAGCAGAGGAGGACCGCAUCAAGAAGGAAGAGGCAGACCAAAAGAAGAAAGAGGAGCAGGAGAAGAAAAAGAAGGAGGCCGAGCAGAAGAAGAAAGAGGACGAGGAGAACAAGCUCGCUGAGGCCAAAGAGGAGAGAAAAGAGGAGAGGGAUUUGAAGAACAAGUUGAAAGCGGCCGCCUGGUAUUCGGUGGACGUUGUGCUGCAGCCGUUUGAGGCCCUGAUGGACCGGGUGCUGGGGAAGACCAUCGACCCUUUCACAGACCGCCGCUACAUCGCCUGGCUGAGCUUGGUGACGCUGGCCUUCAACUACAACACCUGGUUCCUCACGGCCCGCCUGUGUUUCCCGUACCACAACGAGAGCGCCAUCCCUUACUGGUUCGCCAUGGAUACGCUGGCCGACAUCAUCUACCUCACAGACUCCAUCUUCUUCCAGGCCCGCAAACAGUUCGUCAAAGGAGGUGACAUUAUCAAAGACCGAGAGGGGACGAAGAUCAACUACAGAAAAUCGGAGAGAUUCCUGUUGGACACGUUCUCCACUCUGCCAUUCGACUUGCUGUACUUCCAGUUUGGAUUCAAAUCCAUUUUUAGAUUCAAUCGCCUGCUAAAGGUGGAUACUUUUUUUGAGUUCAGCGAUCGUCUCGAGAGCCUCAUGACCAAGGCUUAUAUCUGGAGAGUGAUCCGGACCAUCGGAUAUCUUCUCUUCAUGCUCCACAUCAACGCCUGCUUGUACUAUGUGGCUUCAGACUACCAGGGCCUCGGGGGAACUAAGUGGGUCUACUCCGGUCUGGGCAGUGCUUACCUCAGCUGCUUCUUCUAUGCGGAGAAGUCCCUGCUGCUGAUCGCUGAGUUGCCCUUUCCAGACACCAUGUUCGGACAGAUCUUUCAGAUGACAAACUACCUUUUUGGGGCUUUCUUUAUGUCCAUCAUUCUUGGCCAGAUGAGAGACGUCAUCGGGCAGACCUACUUCAGAUCCACCAUGGACGGCACCGUGGACUACAUGGUGAACAACCACAUCCACCCUUUGGUGCAGAACCGAGUCCGCAGCUGGUACACCUACACCUGGGACGCACAGGGCAUGCUGGACGAGUCCGAGCUGCUGGACAAGAUGCCCCUGGUGAUGAGAACCGCCAUCGCUGUGGACAUCAACCUGACCACCUUCCAGAAGAUCGCCCUGUUCCAGGGCUGUGACCAGCAGAUGCUGGUGGACAUGUUACUGAGGCUCAAGUCUAUCGUCUAUUUACCUGGAGACUUUGUCGUAAAAAAAGGCGACAUCGGUAAAGAGAUGUACGUCAUCAAGAGUGGAGCGGUGCAGGUGGUGGGAGGACCGGACAACAGCAUCGUGUUCGUCACACUGAAGGCCGGCUGCGUGUUCGGAGAAAUCAGUCUGUUACAAUCCUCCAAAGAUGGAGGGAACAGGCGGACGGCUAACGUCAAAGCCCACGGCUUCGCCAACCUGUUUGUCCUGGAGAAGAAGGACCUGUUUGACAUCCUGGUGCACUACCCGGAGUCUCAGAAAGUGUUGGCCAGGAAGGGAAAGAAACUGAUGAAGGCGAAGGGUCCAGCAGCAGCUAAAGUCGAAGAGGAAAAGAAGAAAGGCCUGGCGCUGUUCGGACCCAAACACCCCACCCCCAAACUGCUGCGUAGAAACUUUAACAAACUUGUCAAAAAAUGA